ACACACAGACACUCACGCCGCAAUCCCUCGUAGGGUUUAAACGCCCUGCAAUUCUCUUCGAUAGCGGACGCCGGUGAUCCCAAUAGAUAAUUUAUUCUUCUCGCCGGCUUGCGAACAUCUGUCCCAGAUUUGUGAAAAUAAUCAGGAGGUUGCGAUAUAAUUCAUGGCUGAGGUAGCGGUGCCGAUUCAAUCGGAGCGGACUGAGGAACCUCAGCCUGAUUCAGUGGUGGGUCUGUUUGGUCGGAGGAUCGAUUUUCAUGUAGCGAGGAAGCCGUUCAAUGGAUUUAGUAAUGAGAGUAGUAAUGGGCUCAAGCUGGUGACCUUGAACCCUAGUUCGGGGACUCAGCAGCCUUCAGGGUCCGGGAAGAAGUCUGAAAGGUCGGAAUAUAUGGAUUCGGGGAUGGAUCCGGAGCUGGGGCUGGAGAUUACCUUCCGGAGAAUUGGUGCUGGCUUAAGGAAUCUCGGAAAUACUUGCUUUCUGAAUUCGGUUUUGCAAUGUUUGACUUAUACUGAACCAUUAGCUGCUUAUCUACAAAGUGGGAAGCAUAAAAAUUCCUGUCGGACUGCUGGCUUUUGUGCAUUGUGCGCCAUACAGAAGCAUGUGAGCCGUGCUCUACAGGCAACUGGGGGGAUUCUAGAGCCUAAAGAUCUUGUUUCAAACUUGCGCUGUAUAUCACGGAACUUUCGAAAUGCCAGGCAGGAAGAUGCCCAUGAGUAUAUGGUGAAUUUGUUGGAAUCAAUGCACAAAUGCUGCAUACCAUCAGGAGUACCAAGUGAAUCUCCUAGUGCUUAUGAGAAGAGUUUGGUUCACAAGAUAUUUGGUGGCCGUUUACGGAGUCAGGUGCAAUGCAUGCAAUGCUCCUUCUGUUCCAACAAGUUUGAUCCAUUCUUGGAUAUAAGUCUUGAAAUAUUGAAAGCAGAGACAUUGGAAAAGGCAUUACACCAUUUCACUGCCAAAGAGCAGUUAGAUGGAGGUGCCAAGCAGUACCAAUGUCAGCAGUGCAAGCAGAAAGUGAAGGCUCUAAAGCACCUUACAAUUCACAAAGCCCCUUUGGUUCUUACUGUUCACCUCAAGCGGUUUGGUCAUUUCCAUGGGCAAAAAAUUACUAAAAAAAUUGCAUUUGGUUCUACCUUGGACUUGAAACCAUUUGUCAGUGGUCCUUAUGAGGGGGAUUUGAAUUACACACUCUAUGGUGUUCUUGUUCAUGCUGGUUGGAGCACCCACUCUGGUCACUACUAUUGCUUUGUACGAACAUCUAGUGGCAUGUGGUAUUCCUUGGAUGACAAUCAGGUUGUCCAAGUAAAUGAGAGAAAAGUUCUUGAGCAGAAGGCUUAUAUGUUGUUUUAUGUCCGAAAUAGGAAACAUUUUUGUAGGAAGAAACCAGUUGACAGUAUACAGAAAGAAAACAUAAUUAUAAAUGCCAUUGGAAAAUCAGCAUACUCGAAAAUUAGCCGUGACUCAAAUGAAAAAGUUCAGAAUGGUUCAACUGAGAAAAACAUAGAUGCCCUGACAACUGCUUCUUCAUCUUUGAGAGAUGAACAGGUUAACCCUGUGCCAAAGGAGAUUCCUUCGGUAAAGACUUCUUUGCUAAACGGAAAUGGAAAUAAGACACUUAACCCCUUAGAGUAUGAAGGGGGCUCUCAGUCUAAGCCUUCGUCUGCAAUACAAGACAAGCACCCAGAGAAGGGGCCACAUGCUCCGAGUAUGAAUAAUGUUGGACAGAAAGAAGAAUGGAGCUCAACCAUUGCAGUUUCUAGAGUUGGUACUGGAUCAAAAAUUGACUCCCACAACACUGGGAGUGUUGUAGAGAAUCAGAAUUCCUCUGCUGCUGUUGUAUCUUCCAACUGCAUUGUACCCAAGGAUUCAAAUCACAGAAAAUAUAGUACUGGUUGUGCUGCCAUGUUAUCAACUAGUUCUAAAGACAGGGCCGAAGAAAUUCCCAUGGAACCAGCUGACAAGUUACUGAGCAGCAGGUCCUUGAGUGCAUCGACUGGAGAUACAUACACUACAAAUAGAAUGUGUGAUAGUAAGACUAUGCCCUUGGGAGCAAAUAUGGAAGCAUGGGACCAAGUUACGAGAGCCAAGUUAUCUAUUCAAAACCAUGCUGCUGAUAAUCUGGUGGGUGGUGUUAGGCAGAAAAUAGAUGAUUCAGUCAUUGAAGAAACCAAUGAAUUGAAAGUGACAAUGAAGAAAAAAAAUCGACCUCAAUUGAUAGUGAAAAGAAAGCCUUUCAAGUGUCGGGCUGUCACAAUGCUGCUCAGCUCUAAUAUUAUGUUUGGUGCUGCCCUUUCCACACGAAAGAAAAUAUCCAAGUCAAGAAAAACACAUUCCAUCCAAAAGACGCCUCACGAUAUGAAACAGAUAUCCGAGGAUGAUUUCCCUUCAAGCCCUGAGCAAUCUCGUUCUGAUAAAUCAUCUCCUCUACCCACCAACCAGCUUGAAUGCAAGAAAAAGAAAGUAAAGCAUAGCUCAGAUCACCAACAUCAGAAGCUGAGAAAAACUGGUCUUAGUUGUGACAGUAGCAUACCCAUUGAUGCUUUUAACAAUGACUUCAAAGAGAGAGUUGUUUUGGAUAGUGCAACUCUCGCAGCUAACAAUCAACCUGGCCCAGAUUUCCCCGGAGAGUGCAGAAGGGAAUCUAGACAGAAUGAUGUUAUGAGUAUGCUGACCCGGGGCAUAGAAGAGGCAAUCGUUGCUCGCUGGGAUGACAUUGAGAUUUCUGCUACAGAAAGGACUGAGAUCGGAGCAGCACAGACAACACAAAUUGGUUACAUUGGAGAUGAAUGGGAUGAGGAGUAUGAUAAAGGGAAACAGAAGAAGGUAAGGAUGUCCAAAACUAGCUUUGAUGGACCAAACUUAUUCCAAGAAAUUGCAUCAAGAAACACCAAAAGAAAGAGGAAAGACAGAACAAGUUUGGAAAACCCAAACCCUCCAUUUAGGAUAUGAUAAAAAGAGGUUGGCUACAAGCAAUUUUCAGUUUUCCAUAUCUACAUGUCUGGGUUGGAUUGUCCACAGUGUUGUCUGUUUUCCCCUAAUAUUCUGGCCCAUCUUAUGGAUUGCCUCAUUUUGACUAGAGGCUAGAAAAAUGGAACCAAUUUUGGAUGUUGAACUGUACAAGAUCUCUUGUCAUCCUGUAGAAGCAUUCUGUCAGCCUCAUGAUAUCUUUUAUUCACUUCUCUUUUCAUAAUUAGUUGACUUUAAUAGUUUUGUUUGAAGCUUACAAAAUAGAUGGCUUAAAUUAUGGCA